AGAAUUUUAUAAUUUUUUAAAUAGUAUUAUAUUAGUUAUUGUCAAAUUAAAUAGUUUUUUAUUAACACGAAUAUUGACACGAACCCGACACGUACCAAAAGUGAUACGACACAAAAAUGACAUGACCGAAAGUGAUACGACACGACACGAUAGACACCCUUACUAAAAAGGAUAGAACUUAGAGAUGAAAGAAUUGAGAUGGAGAGGAACUUUUGGCCACUUUCCAAAUUGUAUUCUCUAUCCCUCAUCUAUCAUCGAUUUCUGAACAUUCAAUUACGUUCGUAUCUCUUUUCCUCUCAAAUUGCUAUAUGCACUUGUAAAGAUCACACCAUUUCUAAACUAAAAUAAACAUACAGACUAAUACAAUACAUAUAAUACAUGACAAAUUUAAACUAUUGAAAACAGAGCUGAUCAGGUGCCAACUAGGGUUGAUCCUAGGUGACAUCAGCCCCAUGACACUGGUUGAUGUGUUUUUGGUACUUGUUCUGCACUAAUUCAUGUUUCUAUGAUUUAAGUAAAAUAUUAACAAUUUAUUACUUUAUGAAAAAUUUCAAUGGUUAAUAACAACAUUUCUUGUUGCUGAUAUUAAUUGGAGGGAUAAAGGCUAACUUUGCUGAUGAUAAUGUGACUUUAUUAUGUUGAUAUUACACGAGAGUAGUACUAGAAUAGAUGACCCCCUAAAAAGUUCUCGUGUUGCACCCAUUUUUCAAAAAAAAAAAAUUAUGUUGAUAUCACACAAGCCAUCACAAUCGAUAAUACUAUGCAGUUAGAAGAUGUGACACUCUUGUUACAUUCAGCCCCACCCCUAUAGUAGGGGGAAUACUUGGUCCGAACCUACCUCGACUUUGAUAUUCCCAACAAGUGACCAACACGAUUGGUAGGGUUGUGAAAUUUCUAACUUGAUCUAAUACCAUUUGUCACUUUCGUGUAAUUCAAAAGCUUAAGUUAUUAAGUGAAAAACCGACUAAAAUCUUAAAACUCCAUAUGUCACCCCUUACUCAAUUGAUGUAGAAUGUGACAUUGCAUGUUAUUCUCUAUUUAUACAUACGUAUUAGUUAUUAUUGAAUUAUAUCUAUUGAUAUGUGUAAGAAAUAUUAUGAACAUAUUAUCAUUUGUGUAAGAUAUAUCACAUAUUUCAUGUGGUUAUAGAGUCAAUUAUGACGAGGUAUGAUGAUUGAGAUAGGCAAUUUUUAUGUCAAUUACUAGAGUGAGAAAUCAUGACAAAAAUCAGCAAAACUGGGAAAAAAAUACAGAAAAAAAGAAGAAGAAAAGAAACUGACUCUUGACAUUCAUAAAAGAUUAUGAAAAUGAAUGUUUUCACUUAUCUGUGUCUUAGUUUAGUCCCAUGUUUGCUCCAAGUGCACUUGUUUUUUUAACUGCUUUUUUUCAGUAAAUAAUGAAUUUGUAUAGCACAAAGAUGAGUGUUAAGUACAAGUGGUUUAAUUAUGGCGGCAACAUAACUAAGCGGAGGAUUGCUGAUCAACCCAACAACCGUUCACAAUCUCCGGUUAAAAUGGAAGUUCUUCGCCGGAAAAGACAUAUCUGCAACACCAGCGUGAAUGCCUUCAAUGGUAGUCUUAUAUGGAAGCAAAACGUCGGUGAGUUAACUGGGUUGCCGGGAACCGGGACUGUGGUGAACGUGUCGGUGUCGAGAGCCACUCCGACGGUGGCCGGGCACCUUUUGAUCGUCGAAAUUUAUGGACCUGCGGUGGUGAUUGCCGUCUCACGGUGGACUGGAGAGCUUGUUUGGUCGACUCGGAUUGACCCGUGUCCUCUGACUAGGAGGCUCACCGGGGCAGCUAUAUGGGGAGGCAUCCCCGCCAUCAACAUUGCCAGGGGGAUUGUUUACGCGAGCACUGGCAACCUCUACACGGCUCCACCAGAGAUGUUGUGGUGUCCGGAAGCUCAGAAUAAUCAAACAAGACCAAGUAGUCCAGAUCAGUGCAUUGGACCAGAUGUUAAUUUCAACUCAAUUUUGGCGUUUGACAUUGGUUCUGGAAAGAUUGUGUGGUCUAAGCAACUAGGGGGCUAUGAUAUUUUUUAUUUUGCAUUUUUGGUUCCUAAUAAUCCUGAUUGUCCACCGGGACCUAAUCUGGAUGCUGAUUUUGGGGAGGCUCUGAUGCUGCUAAGCAUAUUUGUCAAUGGAACGAUACGCAAUUUGGUGGUAGCAGUGCAGAAAAUUGGCUUUGCGUGGGCUCUUGAUCGUGACAAUGGCAAUAUAGUUUGGUUUAAGGAGGCAAUGAAGGAGGAGGGACAUUGGGGCACAGCCACAGAUGGAAAGAGAGUAUACACAAACAUAGCCAACAGCAACAGAGAAAGUUUCACACUUGCACCAUCAACCCAAACCACAACAGCAGGGCCGAUCACGUUGGCCAACGGAGUCCUUUUCUCCGGCCCUGUGGCUCAUAAUGGCCCUCUAUACGCCAUGGAUGCGAAAACCAGGACUAUUUUGUGGUCAUUCAAGACUGGUGCUACUAUAUAUGGGGGAGUCUCAGCAAGCUAUGGCUGCAUUUACCUUGGUAAUGGAUAUACAGUUGGUCCGGGAACUUUCCACCCAUCUUGGACUCCAGAAACUUCACUCUAUGCCUUCUGCAUUGCAUGA